CGUUGUGAUUGGCCAACGAAAAAACGUCACACUUUGCAAACAUGGAGGAGAGAGAAGCCCUGAAGAGGCAGAUAGAGCUUCUACAGAAUCUCAUCAACAAACACAAGAGCAUCCAUGGAGACGCACCGUUCAACAGAGCCGAGCAGAGACUCCCAGAAACCUCAGCAGCCGCCAGAGGCUUCUCUGAUGUCCAUCGUGGCUCCAGGGGGAAACCAUAUGAGGCCCAGAACCGUGGAAGUUGGAGGCGGACGUACUCUCUUAAAAAUAAAAGCCCCCAGGGGUCUGGCACUUCCUCCAUGUCCUCCUUUAGCCACCAGUCCACUUCUCACAGCUUCCCUCUGCCAAGUCAAAGCAGAGGAGUGCCGACUAAUCCAACCAAAAGUGCUGCCUCGCUGCCUCUGAAGAAGAAGGUGAGCACGGCAGGGCUUCAGGGUGAAAAGAAGAAGCAGAGUCUGAGUCCAGCAGGCGGGUCCUUGACGCACGAAGCUCCAAAGUUUCAGCAAAGAGCUGAAGCCCGACAGGUCUUACUGCCACAAAAGAAGGAAAGGGCUUCCACGGAGGUUCCCCCCUCAUCUAAGGCAAAGUCAGCCAGCCCGCUUUUCACCAAAACCACAAACAACAGCUGCCAGAUCAUUUCUGCUGCUGCUCCUCUCAAAGCUGCUCACACCAUGCCAGCUCUCCCAGAUCUGUCCACCAAACACCUAAAUGUCUCGUCUGCUACGGGGCCCCGCCCAGACUUCCCGAAAACCUCUAAGUUCACUUGGGUAAAAAGCCAGGACUCCUUUAAAGAUGACUCCAGGCAAAUAACUUCCCCCUCAAAGAAAGCUGCAGCUGUCACCAUAUCUGUAUCUGGAGGUGCCUCAGGGGUUCCACCCGCGGGGGCGCUCAGUAAAAGAACUCCCCCCAAGAAGGUUGCGCGAAAGCUCGGCCCAGUCAGCGCGGCUACCAAGACCUCCAAGUACAAAUGGGUCUGUGCUGCCGGAUCGCAAUCGAGAGCGCUGCGGAAGCUCCCGUCCCCGAAAUCCCUGACUCCCCAGAGAUCCCUGGAGAAGGGGGAUGUCACCAGGAAGCUUAAACCUACCUCCACCCCCCCUGCCAAACUGAAGAAAGGCGCUUCGGGAAAUCUCUCGGUUUAUAACAGAUACAGGUGGAAGGCUGGGGCCCAGGGCCCUUCUGGGGCAGAAGGAGGCGCCCUUGCUUCACCUCUGCGAAGAUCUGCCUUCCACUGGACUGCAGAGAAAAGCAGCAAAGGGAUGAAAGCGGGGCUCCUCCCCCCAGCUGCACCUCAUCGGCCCUGCCCUCCAUCAGCUUUACCUGGGGGGUUCAAGCUUCGCAGCAGGAUGAAGAUUAUACGGAGGUAUUCCAGCAGUGGAGGGUCAGAGAGGGGAGGGGGCCAGUCAGCCGUAAAGUUCUCCCCCCGAAGCCGAAUGCACGCCUCGAUCAGGAGUCCCGCCGGGGUGCGGAGGACGCCCUCCAGAGAGCUGGUGUCUUUCGGACGACACAAGCUGAGGCGACUCUCCUCACCGCCGACGAGAACAAAUCCCUCCUCAUCCUCGCAUCGUAGCCCCGCCUCCCAGCGGGUCUUCAGGACACGCUAUAAGAUGGUGACUCGUCCAGGCUCCAGCCCCACAAACACCCUUAACUACAACCCGGCUCUGUCCUGGCGGGCCAGGAGGAUCCAUUACGCUAGGAGUUUCCUGCAGAAUCGCCUCCGAACUCCUCCUGACAGACACCCGUCACCCAGCCAGCGGUGGGCAAGAAGCGGAAUAUGCUGGAUCCGUGGUUCACUGUAUAGAGUAUCUGCAAACAAGCUGUCCCGUACCGCCAACAUGUCCAUCAACAGAACAGGAAGGUUACCUGGCUCUUCUUUGGCCCGACCCUCCAGCACGCGUCACCUAGCCAGCCGGGCAGUGCAGCGCAGCAUCGCCAUCAUCAGACAGGCUCGCCAGAAGAAGCAACAAAAGCAGUACUGCAUGUAUUACAACCGCUUUGGCAAAUGCAACCGUGGCACGAGCUGUACCUUCAUACACGACCCGGACAAGGUGGCCGUAUGCACCAGGUUUCUCAGAGGGACGUGUAAGCGGGAAGACGGCACCUGUCCUUUUUCCCACAAGGUCUCAAAAGAGAAGAUGCCCGUCUGUUCCUACUUUCUGAAGGGAAUCUGCAACAACAGCGACUGUCCUUAUAGUCACGUUUACGUGUCCAGCAAAGCUGAGGUGUGUGAGGACUUCGUCAAAGGCUACUGUCCCGAGGGAGAGAAGUGCAAGAAGAAACACACUCUGGUGUGUUCGGACUUCUUUAAGACGGGCUCCUGCUCUCGAGGCUCUCGCUGUAAGCUGCAGCACCGUCAACGUCUCAAACGCACCUCCAGCAACACCUCCAGCGCUCCCGGCAAAAGAACUCGCUCCAAGGAGCCUCAGAAGAGGCCAACUCUGUCCAUCAUCAUGCCAAAAGAUGCUCAAACGCCUCCAAGGACGCUCCCCACAGGUCUUCUUGCGUUACCGUCCUUCAUCUCCCUGUCCAGCUCCCCAGAGGAGGCAGACCCACUGGACACACUGCCAGCUGACACCACACAAGUCAAAGAGAAAAAGUUGCAGAUCAAGCCACGGCUGAGACCUGACACCAGCUGAACCGUUGGUGAAAACGUCUCACCUCUUAGUGAUUUCUGAGUCACAGGUUUGUCAGGACCCCCCACCCCCAACUGCAUUCACUCAGGGCCUGAACAUUUUUAACCUCUUUAUCCUGAUUUUUAAAUGAGUGUUUGUGGUUCUACCUUCUUUUCCUCAGGUUAAAAUAAAGCAUUAGCUCAG